AUGUUUAAGAAAAUAACAGGAUAUUUUAAAAGAAAACAGGGUGAAUUGUUUGGAGUCGACGCUGAGAUUGAGAAUGAACCUGAGUACCGCUGCUGGUGGACGUGGCAGUACAUCCUGGCCGUGGUCUGCUGGUUCUCCCAGGACGGGCUUCUGAACUCUGUUUUCAGUGUUCUUGCGUCAGAAAUUCUGCUUGCAACAGUUGCAACCAGCACGAAGUUAUCAAACGAGACACACGACGUGGUUUACAACGUAUGGUAUGCGAUGGUUGUGGCGAGCUUGGCAACCAUCGCUGCUCGAGAUUACCCCGGCGAGUCUAUCUCUGUCUGCAAGAAAGAAACUCCAGAGGACAGAGAACUCCGUCUAGCUACUAGGAGAAAAGACUUGCCACAAACAAUCACGGCUAAGCUUAAAGUAGUGAAGCACUCGGCAAGCUAUCAGGCCAUUAUUCUCUUUAAUAGAUUACCUGUUGAAUUGAAGAUGAUCGUCAAUGUAAACAUGUUUAAAACCAAGCUCAAGAUAUUUUUGCUAAGCAAAUAUUCAUUAGAAUCCAUGCCAUUACACGUAAUCGACCGCAUUGUUAUGAUAAUAAUGACGAUGACGGGUACGUUGAUGGUGACGGGGGUAGCGGUGGCCGCUAUGUCAUCCGUCAUCAGCGUGCGCAUGCGCCCGGAGGAGACCUUCCACACGCGGUACAGGAUCAUCAUGAGGGAUCUGACGAGAUCCGGCAUCCCCAAAAGCCUCCGCAACAAAGUGGAGACAUUCUACAAGAUGUACUGGCACAAGCAGCGAGCGGUCUCUGACUCUCAGCUACUGCAUAGUUUCCCACCUGUUCUGGCGAACAGCGUAUACACCGAUGUAUACUUCGAGGCUACACAGAAGAGCGGGCUCCUUCGCGACCUGUCCUACGAGUUUCUCUCGGAACUAGCCAGACACAUGGAGACCAUCUUCUACAUUCCCGGGGACUGCAUCAUCAAACGCAACUCUCUGAAGGACUCCAUCAUCUUCAUCACCUAUGGAGAUGUUGAGAUGCUGACAGCUGAGGACGACGUGUCUCCUAUGCUGCGUUUCACACGCGGCACGAUCCUCACGCCGUGGGGGGGCUGCGCGGCGGGCGGGGGGCGGGCGCACGUUCAGAUGCGUGCGGGCACGUUCUGCGCGGCUCGUGUGCUGCGCGCGCGCGGGCUGUGGCGCGCCGCGCUGCGGCUGCGCGGCAGCGGGCAGGCGAGACUUAUGCUCAACGAAUUACGAGUAAGGAAAGAGUACAGCUCUCGUCUGGACUCUAUCAAUGACCACAGAUACAAGAGCAGCAUCCUGGAGUUCAAGAAGAGCCUGAUGGCGCUGAAGGAGGCGCGGGACGAGGACGGGGAGCUGCUGCUGGCGCGGCCCGACUAUCUGCUGGAGAUCGCUGGCUGCUAUCUCAUGAGAAACCGCGCGGACGCAAAACUGACAGACGACUCGGAUCCGAUCUGUCUCCGACAAACGUUCCCUUGCAUCCUGCAGCCCACGUCCUCGCUGCUCACCGCUUGGAACUGGCUCAUGGCUUGUCUCAUAUUUACUGUGUGCUCUAUAUACCCGUACCACAUCAUCUUCAAGAAGACCCUCUCCUUGGAGUUCCGUUUCUUCGACAUCAUGGUGGUGACGAUCUACGUGCUGGAUAUGUUCGUCUAUCUCUCGACUGGAACCAAUGUUGAAGAAGGCGUGCCUAUUACGUUUACGGAGACGGCCUCGAAGCAAGUGUGGUCCCCGUGGUUCCUAGUAGACGUGCUGGCUACGGCGCCCAUCUUUUCUUUUAUCGGGGAAGGAGAGUUAGGCGGCAUCAACAGGAUCCUGAGGUUUCCAAAGGUAAUCCGCAUGAUACUGAGCCUGAAGGAGGAGUUCGUGUACCACACCCAAGUCAUCCGCUUCGUCGUGAGCGCGCUGUUGCUGUUCUUCGCAUGCUACUGCCUCGCAGCAGUGCAUCAAUGCUUCUUCUGCUACGGAUACGGCUACUGUCAUGUCAGCAACUUCACCCACCAGCCGUUCUGGACGCCAGCUCCUCUGGACGACGACCACAAGAAGAUCUUGGACCGUCUGUUCUUCAGUCUCUACUGGGCCAUGUCCAUACUCACCUUUACCACUCAUAUAGAACAGGAAGAUGAAUCGAAUAUAUACUAUACCGUGAUGUCAAGAGGGUACACUUUACUUCUACUGGAGAUAUGCGUCCUGCUGAGUAUCAGUAUCGAGGCUGUGUACUCCGCUAGCAUCAUGGUCACCACGGCUUUCAGAGAGAGCUUCGACUCGUGCAUCGCAGACGCGCGCAACUUCCUCAUCCGCCACCAGGUGCCGCUGCAGCUGCGGCAGCGUUUCCUCGAGCAUUUACAGCUCUGCUGGGACACCAGGAAAGCGUACACGAUGACAUCGAAGCAGGUGUCUGUGUUCCACGACCUGCCCUCCCACGUGUACCAAGACAUCCUGGCCCGCCAGCGGAACAAGUUCAUUCUCUGCAUACCCUUCAUGAAGCUACUCAAUAAAGAAGACUUGAAUAAUGUGUCUUCCAACGCGCGCAUAUUCUACUGCGCGCCGAACGAGAUCCUGCUGAACACUGGAGACAUUAGCACAGAAAUGUUCAUCAUAAAGAAGGGAUUCUGCGAGGUUUUGAGCCCCGUUACAAAAGAAGUAGUUGGCCCGUUAACCGAAAACAGUCAUUUCGGGGUGCUCGAAUGUGUAUUUCGUUUGCCAGCUUUCUACACGGUUCGAACAACGAGCCACGUGCUAGUGUUCGCCAUCUCUAGGAAACAUCUGGUAGAGGCGCUAGAGGUGCCUCGGAUCAAACACGCCAUCAACUUUGCUAAGGAGCAAGAAGAGUACAGCCGGCUGCAGAUUCCUCGCGAGUCGUUCGUCUUCUAUCAGCCGCCGCCGUCCGUCCCCAACAGGGAGCGCUUCAAAUUGCGCAGGAAACAUGAGGAGGACUUAGCGUUCCUCCAGCCGUUCAGGAAUUAUGGUUUCUUUUCUUUUUUUAAGAACUUGUUCCCUCGUUUCACGUUCCGGCCGGACAGCACCCUGCUCACUCGCUACGAGGUUUACCGCUCGUUCUGCGCAGUCGCAGGCUCGUUCAUCUUCCCGUGCUACACAUACAUGGUCUUGCAGCUCCCCGCGUUGUAUUACGUGUCGCUUGUACUCGACCUGUCGGCCUAUGGCGACGUAAUAUUCCGCCUGUUCGUCGGCUUUUUUGACGAGCGAGGCAUCCUGGUGUACCACCCGGCGAACACGGCCGCUCAUUAUCUUCGGGGCGCUUUCGUGUUGGAUCUACUCGGCUGUCUACCAUUGGAAGAUCUGGAAGUGUCCAUGAAGUAUUCUUACGGUGACCUGUACCAGGUGACUGCAAUGAAGCAAGUCCUGAUGCUGAACAGGCUGCUCCAGCUGUACCGCCUGCCCGGGACCUUGGACAUGCUCACCAGCUUCGUGGAGCGUCGGGACGUUAUACUAGUACUCAAAAUGAUCCCCUUCUUCCUAACGAUCUUGAAUGUGCUGACCACUUGCCUGAUCUUCUCGUCGGUGAGGAUAUACCACUCGGAGGACGGGACCCGGUGGGCCUUCGUGCCGUUUAGAGACCCCGGGGACCGGUUCAACGUGACGGAGACUCCUUUCAACCUGCACCUGUGCUCCUACUUCUGGGUCGUGUAUGAGGCGACCAUGACUGGAUAUAACACCAUCGCGCCCUCAAACCUUUACAUCAUGGCUGUGCUGUUCUGGAGUAUGGUGAUUGGUUGUCUAACAACAAUAUACAUGUCAGUGCGCAUCAUUAGUCUCCGGGCGAACGUAAACAGCACGCUGGCCGCCUACCACGAGCACAUGAGGGACUUGCAGCAGUUCAUGAAGCGGGAAAACCUUGGCCAGCAGAUACAAAAAGAAAUAAAGGAACACUACGAAUUCAACUGCACAAAAACUGAUGGUAUAGAGGCGCGCAAUGUACUCAAGCUUUGCGAUCAGAUCACUCUGCGGAGCGACGCCAUACUACACAUAUACGGACCUGCAUUCGCUAAGUGUCCCAUCCUCUCCGAUUGCGACGUAUCGCUUCUUCGACUCUUGGGCCGGGCAGUCCGCAGCAUCCAUUUCCUCGAGGGCACCACCCUCUUCCAGGAGGAUGACGUGAUCCACCACCUGUACUUCGUGUACAGCGGCCAGCUGCAGCUGAGGACUACUGACUUGGCAGAAGGAGUUUCCAAGGUCACUAGACUUGGUGUCGGAAGCAUGGCAGGCAACCUGUCGGACGCGGUGUCGUGGCGCGUGCGCUCGCGGCUGGUGGCCGUGGUGGCUGCCACAGACGUGCAUCUACUCCGGAUGCGCUCCAAGGCGUUCCAUGACAUCGUCCGGGACUGCUCCCCGGCGGUGCGGCAGCUUAUGGCGAAGCACCGGCGGGAAAAUGAGUUUUGUAUCAUAGCUAAUGCUACUAGUACGUGGAGGCGGCUGUCAAAGCCCCAGGAAGAAACAUUCAUCAAGCAUCUUGCCAUCAAGAGCGGCAUAGUCCAGGGAUUCCUCAUAAUAACCUCCAUGCUCUGCGUAUACACGGACAUGUACAACGCCGGUUUCCAGAACAACUCUGUACCGGUUCUGGCUUGGUUGUACACGCUGGACGUAUGCUUUCUGGCCAAAAUUGUGCUCUACUUCACGCUGCCACGACUUGUAGACCUACCUACUGAGGACCAGAGGAAUGCCAAGAUAACAUACUUCAAGAGCACGGAGUUCAAAAUAGACGUGGCUUCGUUCGUGCCCAUCGAGUUAUUUUGCUUGUUGAAGACCGACCCCUGGCUCGUGCUGUCCUGUCUGCGUCUCAACAGGGUGCUGAGGCUUUCAACCGUCUCCAAAUACCUGAAACGCUACCAGAAGCGAGCCACAGAGAACCUGUUGUUCAGCACCUUGACUCUGUUCAUGUGGUUUACUAUUUUAAUCCACUGUUUUACUUGUCUGUGGUUCUUCAUUGGGCUUAGCGUAGACCGCGCUGAACCGGGACAAUCUUGGAGGUAUAACGAUACGGGGCACCCGUUAUGCGACAACGAGUACGUCUGCAGCGUGCACUUCGUGCUGACAAGCUUCACUCACAACGGGGCUGCUGGCAUUCAACCCAAGAAAAAGAUUGAGGUGGUGUAUGUGUCAGCGCUCCUGAUCAUCUCCCAGCUGGCAUACGUGGUGUACGUGGGGGAGUUCUCCCACAUCGUGCAUUACGCGUCUUUCCGCGCCUUCGGGUACUACGACAAAUUUCUGGAACUUCAGGACUUCCUAAAGAACAAUCGCGUAUCACCAGCCCUGAUCGCCCUGGUGAACAAGUACGCAGUGCUGCUGUGGCGAGCGGCGCGGGGAGAGCAAAUGCCUCGGUUUCUAGCCGACGCGCCUCUUUGCCUCAAGUUAAAAGUCAUGUGUCGAGUCUAUAAGGAUGUUGGAAAUCAGCACCUCGUGUUCAAGAGCUGCGAGCCAGCACUGCUCCGUCACAUGGUCGGCUAUCUCCGACCGUACUACUACGACGAAGAUAUGUACGUGGUGAAACAGGGUGAGAUCACAAACUCGAUGUACCUCGUACACACCGGCGAGGUCCAGGAGAUCAGCGAGAACUACGACGAUUACGAGGACGAAGGCGUGCAACGAAGGGUCUUUACCGCGGGAGAGUACUUUGGUAUUAAACAAGGACUAAUUCGUGACAAGCCAUACGAUUAUUCUUACCGAACUACGAGCAAGUCCCAAGUUCUGACGCUGCUUUUAGACGACUGGGAGUAUCUUUUACAGCAUUUCCCAGACAGCAAGAAGCUGAUAGAUGACUAUCAGAGUAGAAAUCGUGGCAAGGAUGAUGCACCCCCACCUCCUCCUCCUGAAGCCAGUGGUACCCUAGGUACUCCGGGCGGCUCAGAAACGGCCCUAGAGGAACAAUGGGGUCCAUCGGAUGGACCUCCAGGGGGUCCAAAUGUACCUCCAGAUAGACCGCCGGAUAUGAAACCGGGCGGACCAGAAGAUCCAACCAGCAAGAGAGGUUCUCUGAUUGAAAUUAAACGCACAAUUUACGAUUAUCCUGAGUCUAAAGAUCCCGAAGGAGAACCCGCUGUGACAGAUGGUCUUGAAGGAACAUCAAGAGCUAUAUCUAAAACGGUGAAACUAAAAGACGAAACAAAAGCGACUUUAUUUUCUGAAGGUAUGAGCGAGAAAAUUAAAUCAGCCCUUAAGAUUUCUGACAAACCCAUGAAAACUGAAACGUUUGUUAAAUUUCGAGAAGAACCUCUUCCGGCUCUUCCCACUAGCAGCUCAAUGCAACUCUUUGAACGUAUUCGAAACGCGGCAAAAGCCGUAGACGACAGGCUGGCGAGUCGAAGCAUUCGUGGCAAUGACGACACGCCAUCGCCUGAAUUAGUCAAAGAGUCGGGAGCCGUUGCACCACAUCACAGCAUCGAGGAAUACUUAGCUUACAAGUAUAAGAUGCGUGAAUCGUAUCAAUACCGCCCCAAAAUGGAAGAUGACCAAAUUGACUCCGACGUCAGAAUGAGCCCCAGUCAUCGGAUGCGGGUGAAAUACCCCAAGCAAACACAAAGCCGGAUUCACGAUGGUUCUGGCAGGGAGCACUUCAUGUAUUCACACCUAGCAGAGUCUAUGUACCGCAUUCAUUCAUCAGAAACUCAAAGUGUACCCGUUUUGAAUCUUGAGAGACCGUUGGGUGAUCACACUCCGUCUUACGUUUCGCUUCCUACACCGGCGGGCUCUGAUGUAGACAUACAGCCAAGAAAAAGUCCGUCUACUGUAACACGAGAGGACUCUCAAGCACCAAUGACUUCAAAACAAGCCAUGCAGCAAUCUGACGAAGCUGAACCCAAGAACGCGGACACUGAUCAAUCUGAUGAUGGAGGAAGCAGAGAACCCAAGACAAAACCUAAAGAUGCUCAUGCAACUAGGACGCCUGCAGCCACUGAACUUCUUGCACUACCCGCUCCUUAUGACAGUUAUGAUAAAUUAAUGCAACAGUCAUCAACAAUUCCUGAAGAGUUCCUUCACAUAGCAAAACCAGGGACAUCUCAUGAUAAUGAUCCGGCUCGAACGAACUCUGCGGAUGGUUCUGUCGCUGUACCGAAACUGCUUGCGGUACCACCCGCGCCUUCAUCUGAAUUGCCUGCGCCUGCGAAAAAUGCACUGCCUGAAACUGCCCAACCCGCAGAAAUUGUUACUGUACGUGAACCAUCUAUCACAUCAAUGCACCUUUUACCAGAAGAAACUCCAACGCCUAUAGUGGCGCCCCCGGAAGAUCAAGCAACUGACCUUGCUGCAUUAACAGAGGCUGAAAUGCUACACGACUCUGCAGCACCAACCACCAAAAACAGGCAAUCCGACGAGGCUUUAAAUAUACCUAAAGAGAAACAAGCAGAUGGGAGUGUUCUGUCAGAAUCAGACAAACAAAAGACUGAUGCUCACAAGUCAGAGGAUCGGAACAAGUCGGAUGAGGAAAGGACUGAUCAGGACAAAGCUACAGAUAAUGACAAGCAACGCAAGGAGAAAAAAGAUUAA